AUGUUGCGCCGUGGUGACCCGCGGCAACAUGCUUGCCCUCAAAGAAGGAUCGUAACGACGCCAGCUAGAAGAAGAACACCCGAUAUGAGAGCGAACAGAGAGGUGAGCUUUUCAUCCCAGUGCUUUUCUUUCUGCAUUUUGUUAAUUUUUCAGACAGUUACGACGCAGCAAUUUAUCGAUGAGAUGAACAAAAAUCUGGAGAAUUUUAAUGACGAACACUCGAAAAAACUCAGCAUUUGGCGAGAGUCAGGCCUCCGUGCUCCACAGGAAUUGAUCGGAAUUGUCCUCCCUGGCUACAUGGAUGAGAUAGUGGACACGGAUUCUGAGCUCGAACAUUCUACCGUAGAUCCGGAGAGUCUGGAAGAAAUGGUGCAAUUAUAUGAGACAGUGACAAGAGAUUUGGCCGGCUUGGACAGAAUCCUAAGUAAUGGGGGAGCGUCGGAAUCCGGAAUCGAUGAAACACUUGCUCGCCAAGAAGAAACUCUUGAAACAGAAGCGCGCGAACUACGAGAUCUUUACCACAUCGGACAGGUCAGUGCUUUCCGUAGCCAGACGGUGAAUUUCUACAAUCCAGCAGCUUUCAGUAGAUUUAAGUAGAUUUCAGUUUUUGUUUCAGGACCGCGCGAAAAGUGAUGAAGAUUCACUGAGCCAAAGCGGUGGAAUGUUCGAAACGGAUUCCGCUGAAGAUGACGAAAUCGCACCGCAGAACAGAACAAGAGAGGCCUAUCGCAAUUUCGUAGGAAUUGGUCUUGUCGAAACUAAUCAGCCUAAUAACAUCGAUGCCAACAAUCAUAUAGAUGAAAGAAAUAACGCGAAUAACGAGAAUGUCCAGAAUGCUGAGCAUGACGAUUUUGACGGAAUCUUCAGUGAUGACAGUAAUGCCAGUAUCGACAGUUAUGAAAGUAUGGAGCAAGACAGCAGAUCGUCGAGUCGAGCAAUAGACUUCGAGAUGCGACAUGAACAGCACAAUCUCGAUAUCGAUAUGGCUUAUCACGGUCAAAUUUUGCAAAUGCUGCAGUUCAACGCAACAGUGAACUGGAAUAGCCGUCGCGAUUUCUUCCGCAAAUUUCCUCCGUACAAGUAUUCUAUUGCUGCCAGGCAAAUCACCGAAAAUCUAAUCGGUCAAGGUGUGGACACAACAGUGACGCCGUUAGUUUUGGCAGCGGAGCUCCUCAAGAUUGGUAGAGACGGUGGAGCAAAUUAUGAAAUUCCGUUGAUCAAUCCUGCUGAAAUUGUGGACGAGGAUAAUGAUGUAGGUUCUAGCAACUAAAAAACAGAUUUGUAUUUUAGAAAACUAUCAAAUUCGGUCGCCAAACACUUUUGUUUUCAGAUGACGUUGCCAUGGAACGUCAGAAGACUAGCUGGAGGAGAAAUGGACUUACUUGAGGAGGCGUUCCUGAGGCAGGAAUACGAUCGUUUCAGAGAGCAAAUGCCCAUUCUUAAUGGGCCACCAGAACCGGGAAUCCUCCGAGUGAGUGUUCAGACAUAAGAAAAACAUUACGUAGUUGUUCUAUCACUUUAAGGGUCCGAUCAAUGUCUCUUUCCGACAGGAGUUACACUGGCGCAGAUGGAAGGUUAGUUUGGUACCCAGUCUCCGAUGACAAAAUGAAUUUGCAGACGGCACACGUGCUUGAAUGGCUGCGUACCAUCUUCGGCAGAGACCAUGAGAUACUGGCGACUUUCAUGGAAGCCAGUGUAGAAGGAAAGGAUUUUGUCCAACUGAUCAUGCAGAACGACUGGGAAAAUUUCGACCCGUCCGUUCCCGUUGAAGACCGUCAGCGCAUCGCAGAAGCCUUUGAAGAAGUGCGAGAGGAAAGAAACCGGAUUCUUGAGAACCGUUUACAGGAAGCUGAUGAAAAUCAAAUGAUCUAA